AUGAAUCGAAAACAUUCCGAGACUGGCAUCACUGACGAGGCGGCCAUUGAAGGCCAUGACCUCAUUCACAACGCCGAAGUUGAGGAGCAGAGGGCUCAUGGCGACCAGGCAUUGACGCAGCCAGACGAGGGUGAUGCGCCGCUCAACGCAACGAAGCAGUCCGAGCCCGCCAUGGCGGGACAAACCGGACGCCGCCAUUCAGCGCUGGACAAGAUAAAGGAGACUCUGCAUCUUAAGAAAUAA